UGGGCUUGGCACAUGUGCUCUUUCUUUUCUUUUUUUUUUUUUCCUCCACCCCUCUACCCCCCAAGAGAAGCUCUCAGCUGCCGAGGCGAGUGAUGAUGAUGGCGGAGCUGGUUCAGGGACAGGCCUCGGUGGCUCAGCCCGGAACGAAAGAUGACUUCGCAGACACGAUACGCCGCGUCCGACAGAUGGCUGCCAAGAUGGGAGCUGACCAGAUGCCGAACAUGCACAGCACCUCUCCCGUCAUCGACCCCUCCCUCUACGGCUUUGGGGGCCAGAAACGUACGCUUGACAAUGAAGUAGGGAAUCACCUUGGUGCAAUGGUACAUCAAAGGGCUCUUACGACCGAAGACUUCAAAGUGCCUGAUAAGAUGGUGGGAUUCAUCAUUGGAAAAGGAGGCGAGCAGAUUUCAAGAAUCCAGCUGGAAUCUGGCUGUAAGAUCCAGAUUGCGUCCGACAGUGGAGGCAUGUUGGACAGGCCCUGCACUCUGACCGGGAGCCCUGAGAACAUUGAUCAAGCUAAAAGACUGCUGAGUGAGAUUGUCGAGCAGUGUCGAUACGGACCAGGCUUCCACUGCGAGAUGGACGGCAAUGGAGCCAUUCAGCAGAUCCUCAUCCCUGCCAAUAAAGUGGGUCUGGUGAUCGGCAAGGGAGGAGAGACCAUCAAGCAGCUGCAGGAGAGAACAGGAGUGCAGAUGAUCAUGAUUCAGGAUGACCCCAUGCCCACUGGUGCAGACAAGCCCCUAAGAAUAACUGGGGACCCCCACAAAGUGCAGCAAGCCCGUGAACUUGUGGUGAAGCUAAUCCGGGAUAAGGACCAGGGAGAUUUUAGAGCCGGCAGGGUUGACUUUGGAUCCAAAAUGGGUGGAAGCAGUCUGGAUGUGGUGGUACCUCGAUUUGCAGUUGGCAUCAUCAUUGGCAGGAAUGGAGAGAUGAUCAAAAAGAUUCAGAAUGAUGCUGGGGUCAGGAUCCAGUUCAAACAAGAUGAUGGCGUCAGCCCGGACCGUGUUGCCCAGGUCAUGGGCCAGCCUGACCACUGCCACCAUGCUGUGCACCUCAUCAAUGAACUGGUUCAGACUGCUCAGGAGCGAGAUGGCUUUGGAGGUGUAAUGGGGCGCAGAAGCCGAAGUGACUGUAAUAUGGGCGGUCCUGGAGGACUGCAGGAAGUGACAUAUGCUGUACCUGCUGACAAGUGUGGCCUGGUGAUUGGAAAAGGUGGCGAGACGAUCAAAAACAUCAAGGAGCAGUCUCGUGCCCACGUGGAGCUGCAGAGAAACCCGCCACCCAACACUGAUCCCAACGUGCGCAUCUUCUCCAUCCGAGGCACCCCGCAGCAGUUGGAAAAAGCUCGCCAGCUGAUCGAUGAGAGAAUUGGGGCUCCGGGAAUUGGAGGAAACGGCAGCUUUGGCAUGAACCCCUACAACCAAGGAUCAGCCACUCCUCCUCAGCACGGCCCUCAGACGUUCAUGGCCGGUGGCUGGGGCACAACCUUUCAGAUCUGGCAGCCUCCUGGCCAACAGGAGCACAGUCACAAUGGAUCCCAGACGGGCCAGAUGGACUGGGAGCAGUAUUACAAAAAGCUAGGUCAGCAGGGUCAGCAGGCCCCGAGCGCUGCUUCAGAAUACAUUAAAACUUGGGGUCAAACAUCAGCUCCUGGAUCUCAGCAGUCCUCCAAUCCUGACUUCAGCAAUUGGGUGGACUUCUACAGACAGCCCAUGGCCUACUUUAACCAGGGCGCUCAGCAGACUCAAGCCCCAGGCCUUCAGGAUCACUAAAGAAGGUCGCAUCACUGAGGACGGAGACGACCCUCUUUUUUUUUUUUUCUUCUAUAUUUUUUUUUAAACGGAGGGUUCUAGACUCUCAUCGCCUUGAAGACUUUUUUUAGUGGGAAACACUAGCUGUAGAAUGACAUGAUAAAUAUAUUUCUAAAAAUCAGCAAACCUUUAUUUGUUACUAAAUGCUUAUGUACACUGUUUUUGAGUAGACCGUAUUUGGGAUCUCUUUUUGGACUUGAGCAAGUAUUUUUUUUGUUUGUUCUCUUGUCGUGACUCAGAUUGUACCGCCAAAAUGAAUACCCCGAGACUUGCGUGUGUAACAUUUCAAAAAGGCAAUAUAACAUCUAUUUUUUCUAGUUUGGUUUCCAAUGGCACCCUGUUGAUUCCGCUUAGCAGUCUUGAAUAUGUGUCUUAUUUUUGUCACGUGUCAUAAGAUGUUUAAAGAACGUGUUGAGAUGAUUCUGUUUGUCUUAUUUUUACAUGAUUCAGUGAAAUGAAACUGUGAUGUUUUGUUACAGGAAAAUGUGUUUUUUUGUUUUUUUGUUACAUGGUUUAAAGAGUUUAAAAAAAAAAGCGAGGCUCCACGUCAGCCUCCGGUGGCAAUAUAGUUCUAAUUUAAUUCCUCUUGUGCAUUGUAUGCUGUUUUUCAUUGUCAUUUUUAUUGUAUUCUGGUUUAAACACACACAAUAUAUAUUAAAAAGGUGCAAUAUCUUCUUUCACUUUUGAAACAAAGAUGGGUUCUCUAAUAUUUUUGACCGACUUUUAACUUGUAGUUUUAAGAUGUUUUCUGUUAUUUUUUUUUUUUUUUUUUCUCAAAUGGAAAUGUCGAGGAUAAUUUAUUACAUUGAUCUGGUAUCUAAGACUUAGAGGGAUGUUGCAAAUAGCUGUUUUGCCUUUGCUACCUUGUAAAACUGUACAUAUUCUCAUGUAUUUGACUGUUAAUUUAAGGAUAUAUAUGUUUCAUAUAUAUAGAUAUAUAGAAAUUAUUUUCCUGCGACCAGUAUUGUAGGAAAAGUGUCCCUCUUUUUUCCUUAUACUGAAAAUGUUCAAAGAUUAUGAAUGUGAUUGAAAUUGGAUGUUGCAUCUUGUUUGAAGAAGAUAAAAGUGCUAUAGAAUUAUUUUGUGUAUGUUCUGUAUACUUACGACUUAUUCAAGACUGCUAAGCCUCUGUUAAUUCUACCUGUGUGAUGAUUGAUAACUGUAGGAUAUAUUGUUUUCUUUUUAUGUUUUAAGUAUUAUGAUCAAAACUGUCUCCUUUGGUACCUCCCUGCUUCUCAGUCCAAUGGUAAUAACUUUUUAAUUAUUUUUUUAUUUUUUUGUGUGAUCUAACUUUAAAUAGGAAUGAUGCGUCAUUACGGAGAAUCAAUUCUUGUAUUAAUGUCAUUUCUUAAUGAAAAGGGAUAUAAUUUCGGAAAUGUCUAAUUAUGGUGGGUUUAUUUUCCUUUUGGUGUACAGUUAACCAUGUAUUAAAACAAACAUCCAGACUACCUUUAUUGUGUACUGUUAA